GUCAUCUUCAAACUUCGUCUUAUUUUUUCAGCGUCAUGUCGCAGUUUAAAGUUUACAGCGACCAGAACGUUUAAAGGUAAACGCUUAAUCAACCACACCAUGCGUAUCGCCUAUGUUAAGGGCCAAGAAUUUUGCGAUGUGCUAUGCUUUUUGGAGGAUAACUGUUUCAGCUAUAAUUUCAUGACGAUAAGUGAAACUGGAAAGCAGAAAUGCGAACUAAAUAAUGCUACACACGAAGGACACGAAAGAGACCUGAAGAAAGACAUGGAUUAUGAGUACUACGCAGCCGAGGUAUGAUCCAUACUCAUAGUAUCAUAUCCUUCGAUGCUCCAAACAUUUCUCAACCAAUCAUUGUCGAUCAUUCUUUUCACGGAAAGCUACUAAAUGUAGGAAGGAACUUAUUGGAUGAACUGAAAUCAACCAACCACAACUUUUAGUGCACGUUUACGCGAGAUCUCUGAAAUAUCGGACGGAAAGAAAUUAUGCAUUAGUAUAGUGGAGAGCAUUCUCCGCCUAAAUAGCCCAGGCGAAUUCAUGAGGUCUUGUUGUCCUUGAGGCUUAUAUUUCAAUUUACGCUACAAGUGGUAAAUAUAUCAAAUAUCAACUUCAUUUUUCGAAAAGUUCUCCAGAGGAAAAGUUCUAGAUGCAGUUGUCUGUUAAAUAUAGCCUAAGAGAAGGCGUCAAAAAAUUGUCUAUUGUUUUCCUUUUCCUUUUCUUUUCUUUUAUUUUCGUGUCUGUUUUUGGUCGUUUCCUUUAGUCGUUUAAUUGUUUACCAACUCUCUUACAGAAUAGCUGCUCCAGCAAUCCUUGUCAUUUGAAUGCUACCUGCCAAACCGGUUUUUCAGAGAGAGGAUAUCGCUGUUUGUGUCUCCAGGGAUUCGCUGGCCUAAAUUGCAAAACAGGUGAGAAAUUUAGCCAUAACCACAGCCAGCCGAAACGUGUUAAGAAUUUUCCCUUCCCCGAUAAAAAAAAAACUUAAUAUUCCUGGGUCAGUGAAGAGAAGACAUUUGUCUGUCGUUGCAACUAUGGUGGUAGUUGCCUAGGCAGGAAAUUGAGGGAUAGUGAUACUCUGUGUGAGAAAUAAUAUCAGAUUGCUGUCAUGUUCACUACUUCGGGACCUUCGAGAUUAAAAUUAUCAGAUUGAUUAAUUGGCCAGCUGAUUUAUAUCAGACGGAUCAUUCCAUUCAUUCAGUGAGAAGAGCUUUACAAUACUUGCUUUUUAACUCGUAUUUCUAAUGAUGGACAUAGUUAGAUUUUAACAAUAUUACAAUUCUCAUUAGCUUGACAGUAAAAAAGGUUAAUAAGACAAAAAAUUGGACAAAUGUCCACUUAAUUGAAAUGAAUUAUGAAGAUCGAAAAAAAUUAUCUUAAAUAUACGAUUCACCGGCCAGCAGUUAGCGAAACAUGUCUCCAGUGACCUCCCAGGGAACCCGCGUAAUGUCCUUAGUGCCGUCCAUCAAAGAAAGAUAUGUUUAGGAAGAUCCUAAAAAACUGGGAGCUUACCCAGACAAGGUUUGCGUAUCUAAGGAUCACUGGAUUUCUCCUUCAGAUGUGGACGAAUGCUCUACUGGAACACAUGGUUGUGAUGUUCAUGCGGACUGCAAAAACAUCGAAGGCUCUUAUGAAUGCAUUUGUAAACCUGGAUAUCAAGGAAACGGCAAGAACUGCCGAGGUUUCUCACUGUUCAGCUUGCUAUCAUAUAAUUUAUGUAUGUAAAAGUAACCAAGAGGUACUUGUCACUUCAGGGUUGCAUUGUCAAAGAGGUUAAAUAACCUACAGAUAAGACAAAUGAUAUACCAGAGCCAUAUUAGUACAUGAAAAAGGGCCUAGGGCGGUAGAAAACAUGAUUUAACAUUAGGGCAGUAUUAGCCAAAUUCGGUUAGGUUUCGGAAAAAAGCAAAAAAGCAAUCACAUUUCUCCUUUGUGGUCUUACUUUGAGUAAAACUCUAUGUUUCGACAAUUGUCAUUGAGCCUGAGAUGAUCAUCAAGUCUCUUUAUUUCAGCUGAACGUUUUUCAUCAGCCAAGGAGAUUUACGCGCGGACUUUGUAAGUACCUUGUGUCAAUUAAACUUUUUUAGCAUCAUUUUUUAGACUAUUUUCUGAUUCUUUAUUUCCUGCACUAAAAAUUUUGCUUUGCCAGGUUCUGCUUCGUGUUACUCAUAAAGGACAGUUGUAAAAGUGCACUCGGUAAGCCGGAGUCGGUAACGGGGAGGUUAUUUCUUCUCACCAGAUUUACGUCACUAAAACAAUUCAUUAUUGAACCACCGAAAAUAAAGAUCGACUGUGAAUAACAUGAGGAAAAUGAUGAGAAUCCCGUUCUCUAAAAGGUUAACCAAAGAAGUUCUGAAUUCAUUUUGCAAUUCCUUUGUGUGAUCAGGUAGCCAAAUGAUAAAUUUCAUACUUGAUCGCUCAAAAUGACUUAUUGACCUGCUCCCCACAAUCCAUUUUAACCUAAUACUGAAAACAAUUAACUGGAAGAUUCCCGAGGACUGCAUGGCAUUUGCGAAGGUUGCAAAAGAAAAGUGAUCAGUUGACAUGAACAGAUUGUGUCAUGUUUCCGAUUAUGCAUAUGUAGUUUUCAGAGUCUCCGAAUUGGGUCUUUUUCUUCGAACUUAUUAUUCUCCACUUAAAAAUGGCUAAGUCCUUGACGCCAGGAUAAUUUCGAUCAGAAAUAUGGAAAUUUCUGUUCAAGUUGUCGAAACAAACUUCCCUGCGAAGCAAAAAUAACUGUUGUUUGUGAAAAAGUUUUGAGUAUGGCUGGUUCCCUCAAUUGGGCAAUAUGAUGCGAACUCUGUACUAUGACUGGUUAUCAAAAAGGGCAGGUAUUCAGUUGGCAACAUCUGUGGAGGAACUUAUAACAAAAUCAGAAAUCCUCAAUAUUGACGAUGCCUUUUUGGUAAUGAUGACGUAAAAUGAGGGUUUAUGAUACGAUAAUCUGCUUAUAUAUAACAUUUGAUGAUCUCAGGUCCAGAGAGAACAAAGCCUUCUUGUUAACCUUCGGGACCGCACAGGUUAACGUAUUCUGUGUCCUGAACGACACCAGCUUGGGAUCAUGUGGGGGAGGUGGCUGGACACUGGUCAUGAAGAUGAACGGAUCAAAGGUUCUUAUCAAAAUUGGCACUAUCGAGAUUUAUAAGGCCCUCUACAUCGGUUGUCGAUUAUAAUCGUUAAUCAAACCUUUGCCAACUUGGAACUCCCAAUAAGUGAGAGCGUAGUUGGCUUUUCCUGGAUGUCCGUCAUAAUUUAAUCGAAUUUUCCCUCAAUAAACCUUACCCUGUAUCACUCAAACUUUUCACGAACUUGAAACAACUUAGGAGUCCCUUGAGAGCAUUUUCCUCAAACUUUUACCUUAGGACCACGAGAAUUGGAACUAAUUGUUUGUCAAAACAUCACGAUUCAUCAAAACACAAUAAUUUAUUGCACUAAAAAAAAUCCAGAAAAACAUACAGAAUAAAAAAGAUGAGAGACCUGCUCUAUAUCAGCAUCAUUCGCAAGAAAUACCACCUACAUUAAAAAUACUUCAAAUGUCUAAAAAGAAGGUAAUUUUUCAAAUAUAAAAUAUGGAACUUAACUCUUUUUCAUGCUCGUGAACACCCUUUUAAGAACUUCAAGUACUCCUCCACUAUUACCACACCCUAAUAACUAGCUUGCAAGCUUUCCUUUAGAGCCAAAAAAUACUUGUGAAGUCUUGUGUGCGUUCUUAAUCCGAUUCUUCAAGUGAAUGUGGUAUAUGUUUGCGAUUUGAUAACUAUUUCUAUCAUCAAUUUUCUAAUUCUUAAGCAAACGUUUCACUACAAUUCUGCUCUCUGGACGAACAAAGAACCAUACAAUCUUGCCGGUGGAGAGACAGGAUUUGACUCAGAAGAGACUAAGUUACCGACAUAUUGGAACACAGCUUUCUCCAAGAUCUGUCUCGGUAUGAGGAUCCCUGGCGAAGACUUUGCAAGGUUCAUUGCCAUAAACCGCUCGGCAGACUCUCUCCACUCACUAAUCGCCGAUGAUCAGUAUCGACCCACCUCAUUAGGCCGUGAAACGUGGAAAUCGCUGCUUGGUACACAAGGCUCUUUGCAAUACAACUGCAACAGGGAAGGGUUUAAUGUAUCACCCGUAAGCUCCUAUAAAUCCUUUUCCAAAGCAAGAAUCGGUAUUAUUGGCAACAACGAAAACGACUGUGCCCUACCCGAUUCCAGAAUUGGGUUUGGCACAGGUGGAGAUCCUGAUUACUUUAACACGUGUGGUGAUGUAGCAGAAUAUAUUGCAGACAAUGGACCCAAAAAUAUUAUAACAACUGGAUACAUUUUCGUUCAGUGA